AUGGGUUAUUGCCAUGGCUUAUCACUCACCAUAUUUAUUUGUCCACAACUGGUAGAAUACCAAGAGAAGCUAACUUGUAAAAUGCGUUGGAAAGAGACUUUUGGAGACUCCUCGUCGCUUGCAAACUACUUCCUGGCAGGAUUUAUUGUAUUCAUUUACCUGCCGACUGUCUUGUUGGCGAUGCUGUACUCCAAGAUUUUCGUCAAACUCAGAUCAGAAGCGCAUCCAGGUGAGCAGUCGACCAACGCCGAGGAACAACGCACCAGAAGAAACAACAGCGUGCUAAAGAUGGCCAUUGCUAUUGUUUUAGGUUUUGUUAUAUGCUGGGUGCCUUUCACUGUCACUCUCUUACUCCAACUGUUUGCAUGGAACAGUUCAAUUCCUUGUAGCGCAGCACACUACAUGACAUUCACAAGGUUUUUAGCCUACACAAAUUGUGCUAUAAAUCCUUUUAUCUGCUUCACUCUUAGUAGCAACUAUCGUCAGGGUCUGAAAAGACUCAUCCACUGUUUUAACAGUGCUUCCAGCUAA